CGCCUAAAUCUCAACUGUUCCCUCUUUUUCUCUGCAGCGGAGCCAUAAAUACAGUCGACACCAUGUCCAGACGCAGUGGUCGCAUCACACUUCAAGCCAGAGAUUCAAACACACCUGAGCCGACCGUCAGAGCCCCACUGAAGAAAAGAAAAUCUGAGCCCUCCAAGAAGAAACUACAACCUGCUGCCAAGAAACAAAGCUAUGAAAUACAGAAGUGUUGGUCGGAGGAUGGCGCCACUCCGUGCAUCCUCAUCGAAACUCCCCACAAAGAGAUGGAGCCCACAGACCCGUCCAGCGUCUUCAAAAAGUACAGCUUCAAAAACCUCUUCAUCAAGGCCUCCCCCAUCCCCAGCCUCAGCUGGGCCAGUUCAGAUGACGUGUGGAUCAAGAUGCUCAACAAGGAGCUGAAGUACGUUCAUGACAAGAGCUACCUGCAGCGGCAUCCUAAGCUGCAGCCAAAGAUGAGGGCGAUUCUGCUGGACUGGCUGCUGGAGGUGAGUGAGGUGUACAGCCUCCACCGGCAGACGGCCUACCUCGCUCAGGACUACUUCGACCGCUUCAUGCUGACUCAGCAGAACGUCAACAAAGACUACCUGCAGCUCAUCGGCAUCACGGCGCUCUUCAUCGCCUCAAAGAUCGAGGAAAUCUACCCUCCUAAAAUCUACGAGUUCGCGUACGUCACAGACGGAGCCUGCGACAUGUGGGACAUCCAGCGCACUGAGCUUCACAUACUGAAGGCAUUAGACUGGAACCUCUGUCCUGAGACGCCCAUCUCCUGGUUGAAGCUGUACGCUCAGGUCGAAGCCCAGAAAGACAACGAGAACUUCCUGGUUCCUCAGUUCUCACAGGAAACGUACAUCCAGAUCACACAGCUGUUAGAUCUGUGCAUGAUGGACAUCAACUCAUUGGACUACAGCUACAGUGUUCUCGCUGCAGCCGCCUUCUGCCACUUCUUCACCUUCGACGUCGUUCAUAAAGUCUCAGGUCUGACGUGGGAGAGUGUGGCCCCCUGUGUCCAUUGGAUGAGACCCUUCAUGGACACGCUGCAGUCUGAAGUCACGCCACAGCUCAAGAACUUCCCCAAAGUCAAAGCCGACGACAGACACAACAUCCAGACACACGUGGCAUAUCUGGACAUGCUGAGAAAAGCUCAGGAACGUCAGAUCGACAGCCCCGACUGUCAGAUGUCACCCAUCGCCGUUGGAGCCAUCCUGACUCCACCCAGCAGCACAGAGAAACCAGCCAAUCCCUGAGUAGGAAACAAGGUGACCAGCGACGAACGCUACCUCUCCGCAGUUUGACCCGAAGUGACGGCCGACCUCUCAGACCACACCAGCUCCUCAACCGCCGGGUUUGAUUUUAGGGAAAGACGGACUCUGUUUAGCACGUUUUUUUUUUAUUUUUAACACUAAGCUCAGACUCUCGAUUCCUGUCAGUCUCUGUUUAUUUUAUCUGAAAGUACGGAGACGGUCAGGAAUUGAAGUUCUCUUUAUUUUUAAAUAAUUUAAAGCUAAACUAGUUUGAGUUGUGAUCUGAACCUGCAGCAGUUUCCUUGUGAGUCCACUGAUGUGAAGUGGAGACGCUGGCAGGGAAGCCACCUGCUGUGGCUUUCUUUAAUUUUAUUAAAUAAACAAACCGUGUUGGUUUGAGAGGAAACAUUUCAUACCUGUCAGGUACUUUCUGAGAGUCUUACUGGUGCUACUCUGUUGAAAUGGAAAUGCUCUCAGACGGUGCUUCAGUCAGAUUCUCAGGAAAAUGGAAAUGAGGAAUUUAUCAUUUCUUACGUUUUUUUAUUAUUUCAUUCCACGAUGAACUGAGGAACUAAAGUUGUGUUGAAUUAUAUUUCUCUCCUAAAUUCCCUUUAUUAAAUCUGGUGUAAACUUUAGAUUUACACUUGUCGUCGCCACAGAGGAACAAACAAUGUGAUCAUUUACUACAAAGUGUUUUUGUAGCUACUUUGAGCCACAGGAAAGAUCAGUCAUUGAUUUGCUGUUUAACGUCCUGAAACCUGGAGAUGUUUAAAUGCACCUGUUUGUGGCUCAAUAAACCCCUUACUUAUUUUAUUUUAUUUUUUUUUUACUGUUGCAACCUGGUUGCAUGUUUUUGUUACAUUCCUGGGAAACUUGACAAUUGUGCAAAGUUUUUGCUUUUAAGUGCUUGUAUUUAUUGAAAAGCCUUAGUAUGUAAGAAAAAAAUGUUCAUAUGUAAAAACAAAAACAAACAAAAAAAAAAUAAGAAUCUUUCUUUCAGCAAUGAAUGAGCUCAGUUUGAUCACUGCCAAAGGCAAAAGCUAUUUAUGAUUUUUGCUCUGACGCCUGUUGAAUUACAGUUCCUCAUUAAAUGUUGUACACUAGCCUGUCAUUACUUAGUGCCUUUUUAAAGAGCCAAACAAACCGAUGAACUGUACGGCUUCUUAAUUUAAGCUGGAAUGAGCCGAACAGCCGAGAGAUCAAACAAACCUGUGACUGUAAACCUCUACAGAUGUAUGGAGAAUCUGCAGUGAACAAACAACCAUGUAAACUGUAUGUAGAUGUUUAAGAAUGUAUGUUUUUGUAAAUAGAGCAACUCAAAAAUGUGUAAUUUUCUUUUAUAUUUUAAUGUUUUAAAUAAAUGAAGUUAAAUG